CAUGGAAUACAGGCCUAUUAGAAAUAUCCUCUAUCUUAUCUCCAGGCAGGCUAGGCUACUCUCUGUCACCCAAAAACAAUAGGUAUUUUGCAUCCCCUAUGCAGGCUAUUCACAAAAACUCUGCAGGAAACGGACCAUCUCCCCACUCACAUUCCAUUCCAGUGUGUUUGCUGUGCGGCGCGCAGUUCCGUUUUUCCUCGCGCAGGUGCGCCAAGCGAAUAGUAAGCAAAAGCUGAACCUGUGAAACCGGCUGCGCGACAGCGACAGGUAACAUGACGCCCCCGACCACGUGACAGCCGCACAGGGUGUGUCGGUUUCUAUGAGGUACUAGACAAACUUCGAAAGCUGAAACACGGCAGACAAUAGUGCUUACCUGAACAACGAGGAUCACCUACCUUGCUAUCUCCGAACAAUGGCUGCCUCAAGACUCGCCAACUUUGUGUUUCUAUUUUGUGCUCUUCAAUCUUUUGCGCAGACAGAUGCAGUUCCCAAAGGAAGAGGAUUUAUUGGUUUUGAAGAGAAGGACACCGGCAUGGUAAAUGUGGACGAGACCACACGAGCGAUCCUCCAGAGCAGCCUGACCACUGUCUUCCUGCCCAUCAUCUACAUCGUCGUCUUCUGCGUGGGGCUGCCGGCCAACCUCAUGGCUCUCUGGGUCUUCCUCUUCAGGACGAAGAAGAAGCACCCGGCCAGUAUCUACAUGGCCAACCUGGCGCUGUGCGAUGUCCUCUUCGUCAUCUGGCUCCCGCUGAAGAUCGCCUACCACUUCAACGGCAACAACUGGACGUACGGCGAGCCGCUGUGCAAGGUGCUGAUUGGCUUCUUCUACGGCAACAUGUACUGCUCCAUCCUCUUCAUCGCCUGCCUGGGCGUCCAGCGCUACUGGGUGGUGGCGCACCCCUUCUCCCAGAUGAAGAAGAACAACCGCAUCGCCAUCCUGGUCUCGCUCGCCAUCUGGGUCUUCAUCUGGGUCAGCACCACGCCUCUCUACCUCUACAAACAGACGGCCAAGCUCCGCGACCCAGACAUCACCACCUGCCACGACGUCAGCAUCAUCGCGGACCCCGACAAAGUCUUCGACUCCAUCCGCCACCCCUACUACUACUUCAUGACCAUGGCGGUGCUGGUGUUCCUGUUGCCCACCAUCGUCAUAGUGACGGCCUACUCCAUGCUGCUACGCGCCGUGGGGGCCUCCAUGGACGGCAACGCCGGCAAGAACCGCAAGAAGGCGGUGUCCCUGAUCAUCACCGUGCUGUUCGUCUUCCUGGUGGCGUUUAUCCCCAGUAACGUCAUGCUGGUGGUGCACUACGCUCUGCUGAGUCAGGGCUGGGUCAACAACGCCUAUGGCUUCUACAUCACCACGCUCUGCCUGGCCAGCCUCAACAGCGCCUUAGACCCCUUCAUCUACUACUUUGUGUCGGAGGACUUCCGGGACCACGUCAGGAACACGCUGCUGUGUCGCAGCAGCCGGACGGUGGAGAGGAUGAGGGUGUCCUUCAGCUCCAUGAAAUACUCCAAGAAGUCACAAACCUACACGUCCGACAACUCCACCACCCAAACCUUCACCUCGGACCCUUCCAGCGCCCAAACCAGCUCUUGCUAGUCUUUAAAAAAACACAGUCUGUCUGUGCUGCACAAAUAACCAUCACAAGCAAUGGCACACAUUGUAAGGGGAUAAUGAGUUUCUUCUCAAAUACCUAUCACAAGCAGUACAGUGCCACCACCCAGACCAGCUCUUGCUUGCCUCAAAACUCAAGACUAUCGCACAAACAACCAGGGCCCUCAAUUAAGUUUUUUCAUCACCAACCAAAAUGGCUUGUAGAUGUUAAUCUCACUAGCCAAACACGCACUCACUAAUGGGUCAAAGUAAUUGGCUAGUAAGUUGGUCUUUUCUACCAGUCGAACUGAAAUUUCACCUGCAUUUGGGCAGUUGGCUGGUGUUGAUAUAGAGCCUUGCAAACAACGAUCACAAGCAAUGGCCCACAUUGUCAAGGGAGAAUGAGUUCUGCUCAAAUAACUCACAAGCAGUGGUGCACAUUUUAAGGGGAGAAUGAGUUGUGCAUAGAUAACUAUCACCUGCAAUGGUGCUCAUUUUAAGCCACGGGUGGGGAACUAUGGCCCACAGGCCGUUUAUGGCCCUUUAGGCCGUUUUAUCCGGGCCCAGAUAUAAUUUUAAUGUUAUGCAGUUUCACAUGAAAUAUGACACGUUUUGUAAAGCAAUCUUGUAGUACAAUUAAGUUAUAAUUUCAGUGGGCCUAGUGAAGGUGGGGUCUGUUGUAAAGGUGUCUGCCUUCAAUAUUAUAGGCCAAUGUGCAGGGGAAAAUCCUGGUUUGUGUACACAUAGUACGGCUCUUGGAGGACUUCAUAAAAUUUGGAAGUGGCCCUUCGCAUGAAAGGUUCCCCACCCCUGUUUAAAGCGGAGAAUGAGUUAUGGGUAAGUGAUUUUUUUCCCCCCAAAGACAAACUGUGGAACUGUAUAUUGCUCUGAAUAUUUUUGUACUUUCAGAUCUGUGAAGUGGAAGACGUGGGUUACUGAUGGUUUUAUUUUUGUAUGAAAUAUAUUUGUUGUGCUGCUGAAUUUUUAUUGAAACAACACUUUUUAUUUGUCUUGUCUGUUUUUAUCAUGCCUUUUGUGUGAACUCUUGCCAUAUGUUGCUACCACGCCAUGCCAUGUGUGGUUUUACAACGCAAUGCCACGCAACACAAGAUCAUGUAAGCUAUUGCCAUAUAUUUUAUAUUUAAGUUACUGUAUUUUCUUCCUUUGUCUGUAUGUAUUUGAGGAUGUUUAUCUUCUCUAUUUGUGUUAUUUCAAUAAAUCUUUUGUAAAAAUGUA